AUGGCGUCUCUUCUCUCGACGCCUACGGAGAUUCUUUGCAUUAUCUUUGCGUUCCUCUCGCACAGCGAUCUUGCCGCGAUAUGCCUCACGCAUAAAGACUUACGAUCUCCUGCUGAGCCGUUUCUUUACGACCACAUUCAAUGGACGUGGUCGGACUCUGAGCACCCUCCGUUUGCUGAAUUCUUGCGAACCAUCGUUCAGAGGCCCGAACUCGCAACCUAUGUCCACAAUGUGGUCCUCAACGGUAACAGUUUCGACGAGGGCGUAGAUGACUCAGGGAACGAAAGUCCUAGAAUCCCAGUCGCAGAACCUCUCGUGAAUGAGCUGGUGGAACUGGUUACAAGAAUCAAUGUUCCUUAUGCUGAAGAAUGGAUCCAAAAGCUACGCGCCGGAUCGAUGGACGCGUUUACCACUCUUUUGAUAUCCCAGCUCCCCAAUGUGAAACGUCUCUACCUUGACAAAAACUACAAUCGAGAGACCCGCCUCCGAGGCAUGAUGCUACGAUCGGCACUUUGCGAAGAGUCCACGAAUAGCCAUCUCAGUUCUUUCAAAUACCUCCAAGAUGUGUCUGCAGACUCUGCCUGCCUUCGCUACAAUAUUCGACGCCAAACGCAAGAUAGAAACACACAGGACGUCCUCCCUGUAUUCUACCUGCCAUCUGUCAAACGAGUCAGGGCUUUGGUCGAUAACCCUGCCACUUUCGCAUGGACUGGAAAGAAUCCACCAAAUCCACAGUGUCUCACAACACUGGACUUGACUUCGUUGCGUGAGAAAUAUCUUGGCCAACUAUUAUCGGUAACGCCAAGGCUGCAGAAGCUCGAGUGGGAUUGGAAUUACCGUUGGGAUCUGACUGAUGAUGCUGUUACCGAUGUCAUCGAUUUGGACCGAAUCGCGGCGGCACUAUCUCACGUUAAAGAGACGUUGACAGACUUUACUAUUACAGCCGGGGCGGAACGCUACAAAGCCGAACUAGAGGACCCAAAGGUCCAAUUCAGUGGAUCUUUCAGGGUCUUUAGUGGACUUGACAACUUGAAAACUCUGCAGGUCCCGAUUCCGUUUCUGCUGGGAUUUUCUUCCUCGGAGUCCAAAGAACAUAAUUUGCCCGUUGCGCUUCCUCCGUCUCUUGAAUGGCUGACCUUAACCGACUGCUUGAGUUUAGACCCACAGUGGAUGUGGCAACUGGAGUCUGACUACCUUUUGGAGGCCAUUCGAUCAUGGCUUCAAAAUUGGAAGAGACACACACCUAAUCUUCGGGGUUUUCGUCUUUUGGGAAGUGUGAUAAAGGAACGAGAUUGGAAACCUGCCAUGAUACAGGGCUUAAGAGAUUUGGGAGCACAGACCGGAAUCCAAGUUCAGAUAACUGAUGUUGAACCCAGAUGGUCAGGUCAUAUGUUGCGAGAUCCCCAAUUAUGA